AUGCCGAUUCGAACCCCAGGUCUUGCUCGCCCUCUAGGAAACCGUUCGUCAGCCGAUAGCAUCCUGCACUUUGGAACGCAGGCUGAACUCGACGCAUACAUGAUAUCGAAGAUGAUCGAUCAAACCACGAAAGCGCGUCUGACCCGACAUAAGGAGCUCACUCUGAAGAAACUACAUGCUUGCUGGGACGCCCUCCUGGCACCAAUAUACAAGCUUCCUGACGAAAUCCUCCGCAUGAUUUUCAUAUUCUUUUGCACCAACCCCUCCAAAGACCUCGAGUUACGCUCUGCUGUAACUCUGUCUCACGUCGUUCGUCGCUGGAGGAAUGUCGUUUUAUCCAUCCCGAAGCUAUGGACGUACUUGUCUAUUCACGCACGUUUACCCGGCCCUGCAUUGAUGCACCAGAUGCGCACGCUCAUGACGCGCUCUUUGGCAGAACCCGUGCAUGUUGUUAUUGAUAUAGAUACCUUGCUUCUUGAUAUGUUUCACAAGGAUCUCCAGACUGUGUCUGAUGCCAUAUGCCGAAGAGUUUAUCCGAGAUGCGAGCGCCUCACUCUUGAAGGGAGAUGGACUGAUGGCUACCGCGUCCCGGCUGGACUGCUCACAUUUCAGCUAUGCCCUGGUUUACGCUUUCUUUCCAUCUUCCAAAUUGAGCUCCCACCAGACCGCAUAACGUUGUUGCUUGUCGCUCUGCAGAGCUGCGAAUUUCUCGAAACGCUUGUACUCUCCUGUGGCACUUGGUACGCCCCAGAAAACGAUGGAAAAAUUUAUACGCUUCGUUCACUUCGACAUCUCACGUCAAUGGGUGAGUCACACCUUCACCUUAUCGAACACCUGAGUCUUCCCUUGGUCGAGGAAUGGAUUUUGGGUUGCACCGAACGCACCACCGACGAAUUCGGCAUCCAGAUAUUCAUGAUUCCUGAUGUGAUCGAGUCUCUCAGGCUGCGCUUUCCAAAGCUUCACACUCUCAUUGUGAAGACCAUUUGUGUAACAGCACUGCAUAUUGCUGCCCUGCUGCUCCAGCUGCUUCCCCUACACUGCGUCGAGUUUAGCGAUCGUUGGUUUCUGCUGAAACCCCCUGGAAACUAUACAGUCAUUGACGAAAGUUCCUUUUCGAUUACCAGACUCGACUUUACGAGGUGUCGUGGAGUUUCCACCAUCCUCGAUGACCUAUUAUUUCUCACCGUGCCGCACGUGGCUCCCUGCAAGAUUCAAGUGAAAGAAGAAUGGAUCCAAACACCCGGACAUGAACGCCGUCAGAAAUUGCACGACAACGAUGUAGAAUGGAUCACGCCUACGGCACCUGCUCCUUCUGUUCCAAUCUGGUUCAACAAUGCAUAA